AUGUCAAAAACAACACCAAACUUUGGUGGAACAGUCGAAUGGGAUCAAACAACAGUAAUUGGAAAACGAGCUCCACGUGCGGGUGAAUUGAAGAGUGAAGCAGCAAUAGCUGCGGCUGCACGUGCCGGUAUUCCAAUAGAUACAUCGAAGAAAUUUGCUGGAGGUAGUAAUAAACAACAUGAAGCAGCAAAAAAUACGGCCGUUUUAGAUCGCGAAACAGAAGAAUUACAUCAUGAUCGUAUUAGUGGUGAUGUUUCCCGUGUUAUGCAACAAGCUCGAGUAGCUAAAGAAUGGACGCAGGCUGAUUUAGCUCGUCAAAUUAAUGAAAAACAACAAGUUAUCAAUGAAUAUGAACAAGGAAAAGCAAUACCGAAUCAACAAAUAAUGUCGAAACUUGAACGCGCAUUAGGAGUCAAAUUAAGAGGAAAAGAUGUUGGUCUCCCACUUGGUGGCUCGAAAAAGAAGUAA